AUGCCCUCUAUCGCCUCCCAGCCCGUAGGCCCAGCCACAAAACCACACUCCGCCCCAAACGCGCACAACCAACCCGUGCCUGACCCAAUCGCCCACUUCCGCGCCAUCCCAUGGUGCGCCGCUCUCCUGUCCGACCCGGCCAUUCUCGACGUCAUCGUCGUCGACCGCACGCCGUUGCCGUCGGGCGAGUCCAACUUUGUGCGGCGCACCAUGAAUAGCGCUUCCACUGUGAAGGCGUGCGUGACGUUCUUUCGUAUGGUGCGGACGGCGGGAGGAAAGGGAAAGGGAAUUGGGCAGGGGAAGGGGAAGGAUCAGGCGCUGGCGCCGGCGGUCGCUAAGGGGGUUGGGAAGCCCGGGGUUUCGGCGGGUAUUGGGGCUGUUGGGGGUGUGAGGGAUAGGAAGGAGAAAGGGGGGGAGGAUAGGCAUGAAAAAGGGGAAAAGAAGCCGCUGUCCGCGUCGACGGAGCUGCUGAGUGGUGGCGGGAAGGACUGCGGCGAGGACCCUAAGAAUCCGUUUUUGCUCAUCAAUGCGCUGCUCGACCUUGGCAUCGACUGCAACGGCUACGUGGGGACCAUGCACGGCGGGCUGUUCGGGGUCCUGAUGGACGAGGUGAUGGGCACGGCAGCGAAUUUCCAGAGUGCCAACGGAGCCUACACCAUAACCUUCACGACCAACUUCCGCAAGCAGAUCCGCCUGCCGCAGGUCGUGCUCGUGCGCGGGCGCGUCGUCAAGAAGGACGGGCGGAAACUGCAUGUCCGGGGCACUAUCGAGGAUAAGGAUGGAAACGUCAUGGCCGAAGGCUCCGGGCUCUGGCUGUCCAUGGGCCAGAAUGUGGGACGGAGUCAGUUGUAG